AUGACUGUUUCGGGUGGGGCAACGUCGCCAAUUGGGGUCGCUCAUGACUAUGGCAUUUGGAAGGAGGCCCCAGUGCUCAUCGGCACCACCAGCUUUGAGCCCCGCCCCGAUGUCAAGAACAUCAUGAUCACGGGAGGGGCCGGCUUCAUAGCAUGCUGGCUCGUCCGGCACCUCACCCUCACCUACCCGCACGCCUACAACAUCAUCUCGUUCGACAAGCUGGACUACUGCUCCUCGCUCAACAACACGCGCAUCCUCAACGACAGGCGCAACUUCACCUUCUACCAGGGCGACGUGACCAACCCCUCGGAGGUGGUCGACUGCCUGGAGCGGUACAACGUCGACACCAUCUUCCACUUCGCGGCGCAGUCGCACGUGGACCUGAGCUUCGGCAACUCGUACGGCUUCACGCACACCAACGUGUACGGCACGCACGUGCUGCUGGAGAGCGCCAAGAAGGUGGGCAUCCGGCGCUUCAUCCACGUGUCGACCGACGAGGUGUACGGCGAGGUCAAGGACGGCGACGACGACCUGCUCGAGAGCAGCAUCCUGGCGCCCACCAACCCCUACGCCGCCAGCAAGGCCGCCGCCGAGAUGCUCGUGCACUCGUACCAGAAGAGCUUCAAGCUGCCGGCUAUCAUCGUGCGCAGCAACAACGUCUACGGACCGCACCAGUACCCGGAGAAAAUCAUCCCCAAAUUCACGUGCCUCCUCGCGCGUCACAAGCCCGUGGUCCUCCACGGCGACGGCUCGCCCACGCGCCGGUAUCUCUACGCCGGCGACGCGGCGGACGCCUUCGACACGAUCCUGCACCGGGGCCAGGCCGGGCAGAUCUACAACGUGGGGUCGCAAGACGAGGUCAGCAACGUAGCACUAUGCCGACGGCUCCUCGGCGUGAUGGGGAUCGCGCACGAACCCGUGCCGGACGACGAGUUCCGGCGCUGGGUGAAAUACACGCACGACCGGCCGUUUAAUGAUCAUCGUUAUGCUGUCGAUGCGACCAAGCUGCGUGGGUUGGGGUGGGAGCAGAAGACGGGGCUGGAGGAGGGGUUGAGGGCGACGGUGGAGUGGUAUCGGCUGUUUGGGGAGCGGUGGUGGGGGGAUAUCACGAAGGUGCUGAGCCCGUUUCCGGUGGUGGCCGGGAUGGAGGUGCUGUCGGAUUCGGAGCCCGUGUCGGAUAACCCGCAGACGGCGGGACAGGGGAGCGGGAAGGGGGAGGGGAGUGGGAAUGGAAAUGGAAAUGGGGCGGCUGUGAAUGGCAGCGGACACCACCACCACAACGGGUGA